AUGAACACCAAACUGCAAAGUAGAACUUGGAGCUGCUCUGAGCUAGUCUCUGGCGCAGCACAAAUCAUCGAUACCAUGCCUGCACCAUCUCUGGACACCAUGGUCGUUGAUGAGAAGCACAAACUUCUUGGAGAGACCUAUGACCUGAGUGCUGCUGAGAUUGAGAAGCUCUUGCAGGAUAUGGCCAUUGACCCGCCCCCUCAAGAUGCAGAAGUUGCAAGUGCUAAGCCAGUGCCAACUCCUGUCCGCAGUGAGCAACUUGCGCCAGCUGCUCCUGCCGAGCAUCUUGCUGCUAAGGUGGAACCAGUUUCUGAGGCAUGCAGCCCAAAUGAAAUCCCGAUGAGCAUCGACAUUUAUGAUUCCGACUCUGAAGCUGACCCAGAGGACAGCGAGGAUGAAGAGAGCAAGCAGCUCAGGAAUGCAAAGACCCUUCGGCUGGAUGACUUUGCAGAUCCUCGUUCAGAAGCUGCUUCUGUGGCAACUGAACGACAAGAUGGAAAGGCUGGAAAUAACGUUGAAGGACGAUAUGGGAAAGCUGACACUGAAGCUGACAUGUGGAAGAAGAAGUGCGAGGAGAUGGCAGCAAUGAUUGCCCAGUUGCAGAAGCAGCAGCAGCAGCCAUCCUCUCCUUCUCUUGGGACGCCAACACCGACGAAGUUGUUGUUUUCGCCAGUCCCACCCUCUGAGAAUGGUGGCGCGUUGCCUGCUAUGCCUAAGCCUGAGACCUCAAAGGCAGCUGCCUUACCUGCCUUACCUCCUGUUCCGAAGAAACCUGAAGUUCCUGCCCCUGAUUCUGCAAAGUCUGGGCUGGAAGUGGCAAAUCCAUCAAAGGCAGCUCCUGCCAAAGCAUGCCCUGCGAAAGCAGCUGCUUCCAAUGGAAGUGUCCCACCAGAGGAUGAAACCACCUUGCGAGUUGGAGAGGAGGAACUUGCAGAGCAGUUGGAUCUCAGUCACGAGGAAGGGUCUUAA